GGAGAGACACAUCAGGCGCGGAGGGGGGAAGUGGAGGAAUCAGACAGUGUGAGGCGGCGCAGCUCCAAGGAGAGGACAAGCACACCGCGUGCACCGUCAGCCGCGCGCCUCGUGGAAUAACAAAACAUUCGUGCCAAGGAAAGCUGCAGGAGACAUCUGAUGGAUGAAAGAAGAUCACAUUUACAGGAAAGACACUUCAUGGAGCGCGCGGACUUUUUGGGGGUGGACUACCCCUCUUUGUACAUGUGCAAACCCAAAAGGGGAAUAAAGCGGGAGGAUGGCGGCAAGGACACUUAUAAGUUACCACACCGUUUGAUAGAGAAGAAGAGGAGAGACCGAAUCAAUGAAUGUAUCGGGCAGCUGAAGGAUCUGCUGCCGGAACAUUUAAAGCUGUCGACUCUGGGCCAUUUGGAGAAGGCGGUGGUUCUGGAAUUAACGCUGAAACAUUUAAACGCGUUGACGUCGGUCACCGAGCAGCAGCACCAGAAGAUCGUCGCAUUACAGAACGGGGACCUGUCGAUGAAGUCGUCCGUUCACACCGAUGCGGACGCCUUCCAUUCUGGUUUCCAAAUGUGCGCCAAAGAAGUCCUGCAGUACCUGAGCCAGUUCGAGCACUGGACCGCCAACGAGCAGAGCGGCGCCCAGCUGGUCCAGCACCUUCACAAGGCUCUGACCCGGGUCCAGUCCGGCUCACUUCUCCCUCAGCAGCAGCACCGGCUCCCCGCCGGCGACGCACCGGACGGGCACAAAGCCGACAACCAAGCCAACUGCGUCCCGGUCAUCCAGAGGACCCAAGGCGGGGAUCUAACCGAGAACGACACGGACACGGACAGUGGCUACGGGGGCGAGGGGGGCAAGGACAAAGAGUGCGAGCACAACAACACUUUGCAGGCGGCCAAAGGUGUGAAAAUAAAGCAGGAGUUUGGAGACGAUCGCCCGGCCAAGAAACCAAAGAUGAACUGGUCCAGUAAUGGUUCCGGGGUUGCGGAUGUGGCGUUCGUGAACUCUCUGAUGGGAUUAACCGGAGUGGGGCAACAGACGCCAAUUUGCAUGCCUUUCUACUUCAUCAACCCAUCAGCCGCUGCCUCGUACAUGCCUCUUUUCGAGAAAAGCAACAUGGAAAAGGGCAUGUACCCGGCGGCGGCCCUGGCCUCCCCCUUCCCAUGGCUGUACCCUGCACAAGCGUCCGCAGUGGCGGCCGCGGCGGCGGCCGCCGCGGCCUUUCCGGGCUUGUCCGCGCACUUUGGCGCCUCGUCUCCGUGCAAGGACCCCCAAUUUGCUGAUGACGGCGACACGAGCUCACCUGAGGAACGUGAGGAAAUUCCCACGAGUGACGAUGGCGAGGAGAGCAGGAUUCACCAGCCACGUGACCAGUCGCCCAUCUGUCAAAGCAGCUAAUUGUCUGGGUCGGGUCACCUUGACCCAGGAGAACAUGCACUCGCUUAUUAAAUGCAUUUGUUGUGUGAAUGCUGAGAGUCAAGCAUCCCUAACUUCCAUCCAUCCAUCCAUCUUUUACCGCUUAUCCGAGGUCGGGUCGCGGGGGCAGUAGCUUUAGCAGGGACGCCCAGACUUCCCUCUCCCCAGCCACUUCAUCCACCUCUUCCGGGGGGAUCCCGAGGCAUUCCCAGGCCAGCCGAAGGAUGCAGUCUCUCCAGCGUGUCCUGGGUCGUCCCCGGGGUCUCCUCCCGGUGGGACGUGCCCGGAACACCUCACCGGGGAGGCGCCCGGGAGGCAUCCGAAUCAGAUGCCCCAGCCACCUCAUCUGGCUCCUCUCGAUGUGAAGGAGCAACGGCUCUACUCUGAGAUCCUCCCGGAUGACCGAGCUUCCCACCCUAUCUCUAAGGGAGAGCCCGGACACCCUGCGGAGGAAACUCAUUUCGGCCGCUUGUACCUCGUUCUUUCGGUCACGACCAACAGCUCGUGACCAUAGGUGAGGGUAGGAACGUAGAUCGACCCCUAACUUCAAGAAUAUGAUUAGAAUAUCUGUUGUUAUUAUUCCAGUUUGCAUGUUGUCUCCGUGCUUGUGUGGGUUUUCUUCCAGGUACUCCGGCUUCCUCCCACAUUGCAAAAACAGUAAACACCUGCUGGACCAAGGCCUGCCUCAAAAAGCGGAAAAUUGACACACCCCCUAAAAAUGCUUUAUAAUUGCCCAGAUUAAUAGUCUAAACUGUAAUAUGGUCCCAGAACACUUUAUUUCACUUAAAAAUAAAUGGCUAACAGAUGAUUUUAUUUUGAAAAAGUGUGCGUGUACAUACAGGGAAGACUCUGCAACUUCCACAAACAACCCAGGCCAAACUUAACAUGCUCCCCACAUAGUCGAGAUUUGUAAGUUCAAUAUUUCCUUGACAACAAUUACUACUUUCCUUUUAGCCAGACCUUUAGCACCUUCUUGUGGCAUUUAACAACGUUGCACAAAGAGCACAACAAUAUGGGAAUAGGUGAGUUUUUCAGCGAAUAGCUGCGAUUGAAUUCCGCAGGGAAAAAACAAACAAACAAACAAUUAGUGAUCCUGUGACUAGCGAACCGCAAAUAGGCUGGCAUUCACUGUAUAUGUGAAUAUCAGUGUGAAUGGUUGUUUGUCUCUAUGUACUCUGCGAUUGGCUGGCGAUAUGUGCCACUCAUUCAGAAUGGAUGUGCAAUUAUUUUCCCCCAUAUUGGCACGUGCUUGUGGCUAAAAAGCGAAGCGUGGAGAGUCUGUCCCCAAAAUACACGAGUGCAGUCAACGAACGCUCCAUAAUGUCUCGCCCGUUUCAUAAUAUAGCGACAGCAGCCAGGUGAAUCAGUUUCCUCUUUGACAAUCGCGCCACGUUGCUUGUGUUUCAAUACAAAAAAUAAAUAAAUACAGGUCUAUAUGGGGCACGUCAAAUGUUGUUUCUCGAUAAGAACACCAUGGGUCGCGGUUUUUCCAGUGCUGUGAGUUGUUUAUGCGUGCGAGGGUCAGUCGUCUGGUGUGGAACUGUGGAUGUGAGUCCCGGACUAUGUUUUUCGCGGCUAUCCAGUUCAGUUGCGUUCUGCCGCGUCGCUCGGUGUGCGGCGGGCCUCAUAAUCUUCUGUCGUCAUCCCCUAGGGGGCGUGCUUGCACGGUACGUUACACUGUGAUACGUUAAGUAGGUUAUAGUCCUCCAAUGUCUUUGCAAUUCUCGGCAUUCACACAAAUAAUGAUGUAAUGGCAGUUUGUGCGGAUUGUAAUGUCGACGAUGUGGGUCCGUGGAGGAGAUUUUUGCGUGUCAUAAUUACCUUGAUGGAACAGUUCUGGCAGUGUGUGCCUUUUGCACUUCUACUCGAUUAAUUAAAUCUGAAUGCUCAUCGACGAUGAUUGGCAUAAACGCAUCAAAACUGUUGUGUUGUACUGCAGUUAGUUUUGUAUCCUCUUUGAUAAAAUAUUCUGAAAUUUUGAGUACUACAAGUGCAAGUGCACAAUAUCCCAAUCAGCUAGUCUCUUUGGAUGUAAGACGUUGCUAAGGACGUCUGCCAAGGUUUGGAACAUCUCGCUGCAUUUGCUUGGACUGUAAAUAUUCCAACCCGGAAGAUAGUCGGGUUAAUCAAGAUAUAAACGUGCACUAGAGGGCAUAGAUGGCCACAAUACCUCACCCCUAGCUUUGCGCGGGGUUCUCGGACAUUACGGUUCCUCUUAAAACGCGACAGUUAUCACACAAACGCAAACACUUAAUGGCUGUAAAAAAGCAAUCAAAUUGAAUGACAACUAUAUCUGCUCCAAAAUCAGUCACGUUAACUUAGAUACUCCACAAUAGGCUGCAUAACCAGCGUAUUGUAGGUUCCCCCAAAUGAAGCAUUUCUGUAUUGACAUGCAGUGAGCCCCUUUACCUCCAGGAAGCAAUGUAGGAUAGCACCUUAUGGAUCUUUGAUAUUGAAUGUAUCUGUAUUUUCCAAGCUGUUAACGUUUGUACAGUAUGUAGGAAGAGCUUUCCUCUCUGAGAUGUAAAGUGCACUUUUUUUCAGCUUUUACUACCACCCACAAACCCCAAAAAGUCAUGUUAUCCAUGAAAACCAAUCAUUGUAAUUGACCUUUUGUGUUGUUGAUGCAUUUAUUUUUUUUGUUGGUCUUGAAUCAAACAUGUGAUUUCAAGUCAAACCAGGAUCAGAGAUGUCACAGUUGCAAUGACAUCAUUCACUGCAGUGGGGAUUCCUCAUUUGCUCAAUUUAACUAUUAUCCAUUUUGAUCAUUUGGCUCCUAAUCAGCUUUUUUUUUUUUUUUUAAUGAGAGAGAGAAAAAAAAAACCUGUGGUCCUAUGACUAAUUUGAGAACAUUUUCUGCAACUUUGCUGAUGUCAAGCUUUGAAAAAGGUUUGACGUGAUUGACUACCCAUGAUUCACUUUGUAUUUUGCAAACACGUUGCUUUUUGUAGUUUCUUUCAGCUGGGCUAUCCUCAAAUUGGGUAUCAACUGUUAUAGAAAGUGGCAUGUAUGUCUGUAAAUAUCUUUUGGUGAAUGUACUAUAAAAUAUGUCUAUGUCAAUGUUGUAGACGUUUUUUUUAAGAAAAAAAAAAAAAAAAAAAAGAUUUCCCUCAGCAAUUGUUGCACAUUUUGUUGCUUUACACAUUACGCUGUUAUAAUUAUUGCUGAUGAGUUGAAAAAUAAAUAUCAAAACUCAA